UCUGUGAAAAAUGUAAACUACACAGCUGUGAAAGAGUUCAUUAUUUUGGGUUUAACAGAGGAUACUACAGUUUGUGCCAUUUUAUUUAUUGUAUUUCUAGGAAUCUAUGUUAUCACCUUAAUGGGCAAUGUCAACAUAAUUAUAUUAAUUCGAAGCAGCCCUCAGCUUCACACCCCAAUGUACCUUUUCCUUUGCCAUUUGGCCUUUGUAGACAUGGGUUACUCCUCAUCGGUCACACCUGUCAUGCUCUUGAGCUUCCUCAGGGAAGGAACCUCUCUCCCUGUCACUGGCUGUGAAGCCCAGCUCUGUUCUGUGGUCACAUUUGGGACAACUGAGUGCUUCCUCCUGGCUGCCAUGGCCUAUGAUCACUAUGUGGCCAUCCGGUCGCCUCUACUCUACUCCUCCCACAUGUCCCCCAAAAUCUGUAUCCUCUUAGUGGGAGCAUCCUACCUUGGUGGGUGUGCGAAUGCUUGAACAUUUACUGGCUGUUUAUUCAGUCUGUCCUUUUGUGGGCCAAAUAAAGUCAAUCACUUUUUCUGUGACUAUUCACCACUUCUGGAACUUUCUUGUUCUCAUGACUUUACUUCUGAAAUAAUUCCAGCCAUCUCUUCUGGUUCCAUCAUUGUGGUCACUAUGUUUAUCAUAGCUCUCUCUUAUGUCUACAUUCUUUUCUCGAUUCUGAAAAUGCACUCCACAGCGGGGCAGCAAAAGGCUUUCUCUACCUGCACCUCCCACCUCACUGCAGUCACUCUGUUCUAUGGGACCAUUGCAUUCAUUUAUGUGAUACCCAAAUCCAGCUACUCAAAUGAUCAGAACAAGGUGGUGUCUGUGAUUUACACGGUGGUGAUCCCCAUGUUGAACCCUCUCAUCUAUAGUCUCAGGAACAAGGAGGUUAAAGAGGCCAUGAGAAAACUGACAGCUAGAACUCAUUUGUGA